CAAGUGCGUGCCUUUCAUCACUGCCCGAAGCUAGCGCGCCUCCCCACGCUCUCACGUUUAAUCGACCUCGAGUUGUCCGUGUCUCUGCCAGGUAGUGAUGGAGGAGAGCAUGGGAGCCAACUACGACGGUGUUUUUUUUAUAAUAUUUUUGAAAUCCCUGCUUCAGUUGCUUGUCUGCCUCUGUCGUCCCUAAAUCCCAAACAGACCAUUAGGGUGUGUUCUUCGUACCCUUUUCUCUGCGCUAUAGGGGAAGAAAUUGGUUGGAAGAUGAGAUCUUCGCGCCUCCUUGCUAUGAUUCUGGUGGCUGGGGCUUUGUUUGCAUUCCUCUUCUUCACGACUAUGGUUUUCAAUGCCGCAGGUCUGACAUUGACCAAUGGAACUGUAAUAGUUAUCCCUGCGCAUGGUAGAAGUACCAUGACCGUCUUCAGAAACAGGAAACACAAGGUUAACAGAUACCUCACCAUCAAUAUCAGAAAUGAUAGAGAUCUAGCAAGCAUCAACAAAGCUGAUUAUCGUGGUACACCUCUAAGUUCAAGAGCAACCAUUGAUCAUGGUCCAAUUGAACAUGGAACUCCUCUUAUGCCAUACAACCCAAGAUCUGUGCCGCCUCCACAACCCUUCCACCCUAAGAAUGGAUCCCCAUGAACAAACUGUUGCUCCUUGCACUAAUCUUGUCUAAAUGUGUAAUCUGAACUUGCUGGGUCUUAGUUUUUCUCAAGUUAGGACAAACCACGCCCAAAAUGCUAGUGGAGUAGACUAAUUCGCAGAUUUGUAAUAAUAUCUUUAAAAUUGCAAGUGCCUAUGCUGGACAUCGACGGCCAUGUUAAACUUUGCUUUGUAUAACUAGUUCCCUACGCUAAUUACAAA